CGAGCGGCUGGCUGGCUGGCUGGCUGCGGAGCCCGACGGCGCGCCGGCUCGCCAUGGCCCGGCCCGCCCGCCGCCGCCCGCCCGGGCCCGCGGAGGGCAGCGGCCAGUUGUGAACGGAUUUUUUUUUUUUACAUUUUUUAAAAUAUAUUUUUUUGCUCCGGGAGGAAUGCAGCAGCGGUGGCUGGUCCGAUCCCUGACCGAGGAAGGAGAGAGCCGAAGGCGAAGCUUGCCCAAAAUAACCAGACAGGGAAGAGAAGAAACAGCGGCCGCAUAGAUCCGUUCUCUUUCUGGCGUGUGCUCACCCUCUUGCACUCUUCAAACAUUAGUGUGCCUUGUUGAGAAAUAUAGCGCUAUAAGUGUACCCACAGAGCUGUGUGCAUCGACUGCUUCCUUCGCUGCCGUGUGUCGUCAUCUCUGGAGGAAUUUGCAAGAAGCCCCGCUGGCGUUUUGGCCGGCCUACAAGUGCCCAAAAGCUGAGAAACCCAAACCUCCGGAUCUGCAUCCCAAAAUCUGUCUCACUUCUGCAAUAACACCACAGUUGUCAAGAAAACCUGAGGCUUUCCAGGAGGGCGAGGGCAGGGAUUUUAAAAAAAACUUUUUUCUUCUGAAAAAAAAAUAUAUUUCCCCCCCUCCCAAUAUUGCAUGCACACACACACACACACACACACAAACGCCAACCAUGAUGUUUCGAGACCAGGUUGGAGUGCUGGCCGGUUGGUUCAAAGGCUGGAACGAGUGUGAACAGACUGUUGCUCUUCUUUCGCUGUUGAAGAGGGUGAGCCGGAGCCAGGCGCGCUUCCUUCAGCUCUGCUUGGAGCAUUCCUUGGCCGAUUGCGCCGAACUCCACAUUCUUGAAAACGAAGCCAAUAACGCUGGAAUCAUUAACCAGUGGCAGCAAGAAUCAAAGGACAAAGUGAUUUCUCUCCUGCUAACUCACCUGCCUUUGCUGAAGCCGGGGAACAUCGAAGCGAAAGUGGAGUACAUGAAGCUGCUUCCUAAAAUCCUGGCCCACUCGAUCGAACACAACCAACACAUAGAGGAGAGCCGGCAGCUCCUGUCCUACGCCUUGAUACACCCCGCCACGUCCCUGGAGGACAGGAGCGCUCUGGCCAUGUGGCUGAACCACUUGGAAGAUCGCACGUCGGGGACCUUCGGCAGCCAGAACCGAGGCCGGUCCGACUCGAUGGAUUACGGGCAGUCGCAUUACUAUCACCAAAGACAGAACUCCGACGAUAAGCUGAACGGGUGGCAGAGCUCGCGGGACUCGGGCAUAUGUGUGAAUGCCUCCAGCUGGCAGGAUAAAAACCUGGGCUGCGAGAAUGGCCACCUGCCCCUCUAUUCUUCCUCCUCCGUCCCCGCGACCAUCAACACGAUCGGAACCAGCACAGGCACAAUUCUCUCGAGCCAGACCCACCACAGUCCUUUGAAACGGUCUGUGUCCCUUACCCCGCCCAUGACCGUACCCAGUCAGCCUCUAGGACACGGAUGGAUGUCUCAUGAGGACUUGCGUGCUAGAGGACCCCAGGGCAUCCCUUCGGAUCACGCCCCCUUGUCUCCUCAAAGCAGUGUAGCCUCUUCGGGAAGUGGUGGGAGUGAACAUUUAGAAGAUCCGAAUUCUGUUCGUAACACAUUCCAGGAAGAAGGGAGUGGUAUGAAAGAUGUUCCUGCCUGGCUGAAGAGUCUUCGCCUUCACAAGUACGCUGCCCUUUUCUCCCAGAUGACGUAUGACGAAAUGAUGGCCCUGACCGAGUGCCAGCUAGAGGCACAAAAUGUUACCAAAGGCGCAAGGCACAAAAUUGUGAUAAGUAUCCAAAAGCUAAAAGAGAGACAGAACCUUCUCAAGUCCUUGGAAAGGGACAUCCUAGAAGGAGGAAACUUGCGGGUCCCUCUGCAGGAGCUUCACCAAAUGAUUCUCACCCCGAUCAAAGCUUACUCUUCUUGCAACUCAACGGUGGAUGAACACGGACGGGAUUCUGAGCCGCAUCACCCGGCCUCUCUGAUCAGCUCAGACAGCCAAGGGUCGGACUGCAAGGAUUCUGCCUCAGGGGGUUUGCAGCAUCACCACUUGCCGGGCUGUGAGGGAGAAUCCGGAGGGGCCCCUUUGCCAGAAGGUGACAUCCCAGGGCAGUUUACAAAGGUGAUGGGAAAAGUGUGUACCCAACUCCUCGUCUCCAGACCGGAUGAGGAGAACAUAAGCUCCUAUUUCCAGCUCAUAGACAAAUGCCUAAUUCAUGAGGCGUUUACAGAGACACAGAAAAAGAGGCUGUUGUCAUGGAAACAGCAGGUGCAAAAACUCUUCCGGUCUUUCCCUCGGAAAUCCAUCCUAGACCUCUCGGGAUAUCGGCAGCAAAGAGCCCGAGGAUUUGGCCAGUCAAGCUCCUUGCCAACAGCUGGAUCUGUCGGUGCAGGAAUGGGCCGGCGGAACCCCCGUCAGUUCCAGAUCCCCUCCAGGAACAUCCCCACCACGCGGCUGGGCUUGCUGGGCCCCAGUGGACUUCUGGGAGCCGCCCAGCGCAACGCAGCCACUAACCCAACCCUCCUGAAACAAGGAAGGCAGAACCUUUGGUUUGCAAAUCCCGGAGGAAGUAACAGCAUGCCCAGUCGGACCCACAGUUCGGUGCAGAGGACACGCUCGCUGCCAGUCCACACGUCUCCUCAGACGAUGCUCAUGUUUCAGCAGCCAGAGUUCCCGAUACCGGUGGCAGAACCCGACAUAAAUAACAGGCUGGAGUCUUUGUGCCUCAGUAUGACGGAACAUGCCCUGGGUGAUGGAGUCGACAGAACCUCAACCAUCUAGGCGAGAGAGAGGUCUGCAGCCAGAGCGCUGGCCGUAUCGGAGCAACUGCUGCUGGACCAGUGGCCAACUGGGCAACGAGUCCCCCCAGCGCGCUGAGGAUCCCUGGAGAUGUUUUGUAACCUUUCCAUUCCCAUUUUCUCCCCUCUUCCCCUUUGUCUCCUCGUCUCCUUCUCCAUCUCUGUUUUCAUCUCCCUAAAGGAUUGCUUAUCUUACCGUUAAUGUCAGAAAUGUUGCUGGGUUUUAUUGCACCUGCAGAGGAGAGAAGAUACAGGGGGGGCGACGGAAAUAAGAGGGCUUCCCCUGCACCCCAGCAGUUCCUUACAGCAUCUAAGGGCGGGUAUCUUAGGGGCUAGUGAACAGGCAAGAAACCUCCAGUGUGAACAAGCAAGGGCCGGGGGGAGGGACACGGCAAACGCAACCCUUGAUUAUAAAGAAAUGGACUUUUUUCAGUACAUCGCAGAAACACGAUCCAAAAGGAAGGGAGUUCCGUGUUGCCUGUAUGUAAAUAUGUCCUGCAUUUCGUUGAUUGUUCAAACCAAGAUUGGAGCUGUUGCGAUUUAAGGUGUGUGUGUGUGUGUGUCGAGAACAGGAAAUGAACAAGGCCGACCAGCUUCCCUUUGGCGCAGUUAAAGAGAGCGGCAUUGGAUUUUGUGCACUGUUUACACAAAAGGCGGGUAGAAGAGAGUGCAUCUGACGUUCUGGGCACUCCACUCUCCUUCUUGCACUGCGGUAUUACUCAGUUGAACUGCCGGGGUUGGCCAGCCCCACCGUUCUGAAUCUGCCACCCCAGGGGCUGUCAUGCACGUCCCACCCUGCUCUGGGCAGCCGGGUUCCCUUACGAUAAUGUACUUGUGUGUGUGUGUGUGUGACGCAUCUGAAGGAAACACGAUGGCUGGGACAAACUGGGACGAAGAUGCUGCCAGGAGAAGCGGAAAAACUGCAUGGGCAGCAGCUAAAAUAGGGGAGCGACUCGAGGCUCUGUGGUCCGGUCGGAGAACACUUCCAGACCCUCGUGAAGAAGCAGGGCCUUAGGUGUUUCCUUCUCUUCCUGCUGCCGUAACGGAUCACUUGCAUGGUAUCUGCGUGUGUUUUUCGUGUGUCUUAAUUAGCAGCAGGGUUUGCAUUUUAAAAUAACUGCCAAGCUAUUGCUUCUAAAGGGCCUUGGGGCACUGUGUGACUUCCCCCCCUGACUUUCCGACCUGGGGCAGAGCAAAGUGCUGACAAAGGGUGCGAGAAAGUUGUAGGGCAGACAGAGUUACGUCAAAAGGACUGAGCUGAGAAAGUCCUGGUCCUUUUAUUUUGUGCAUUUCUGAGAGAGAGGAUGUAAAAGACGUCACAUCAGGGCUUUACACAUCUGGCUCCACAUCUUAGGAGGAAGGGAAUAUUCCCCCCCCCUCCAAGUCCAUCCGAGAGGGCUGAGGCAUGCUCGCUUAGUUUGGUGCUGUAACACAAAACUGGAAGUGCGGGGACAGUCGUGUGCAAAAAACCCCAAAAUACCACAGAGCACAAAGUCUUGUGCAAAUUUUCCCGGUGUGCUUUGCAUGCAGAACUGAAGAAAAGACGUGGGCUUGGUUCCCACAAACCCGUUCUACUAAUGUGUAGUGCUUUCCUCCAGCACAACAGCCCUUCACCUGAUACACGAGGAAAGCCUCUUGCACAAAGGGAAGGCUCCUUGCGUUGGGGGAAAGUGGCAUCGUUAACAGGUCUGUGAGGACCAAGCCUGGUGCAACAUUCAGCUCUGAUCAUUUGGUGUCAAAUUAAAACCUACUGUUUUGGUGGAAGAAAAGGAUUAUAGGGUGGGAGAGUAUGCCCACACACACCUCUUAUGGCACAAGCUGUGUUUGUUUAGCACUGGUCUCCAUUGAAGGCUGAUUUUCUUCUGAAAUUCCCUGGUAUGUUCCCCUAGCCCUCGUAAAUUUGCUGGAGGAGAGUUUUGCGGACACCAUGGACAGCCAAAGAGACAAAUAAGUGGGUACUAGAUCAAAUCAAGCCUGAAUUCUCCCUAGAAGCUAAAAUGACAAAACUGAGGCUUUCGUACUUCGGUCACAUCAUGAGAAGAUAAGAUUCUGUGGAAAAGUCAAUAAUGCUAGGAAAAGUGGAAGGCAGUAGGAAAAGAGGAGAACCUAAAAUGAGAUGGCUGGAAAUAAAAGAAGCCACGUCCUCCAGUUUGCAGGAUCUGAGCAAGUCUGUUAAUGAUAGGACGUUUUGGAGGUCUUUCAUUCAUAGGGUCACCAUUGGUCGGAGGUGACUUGAUGGCACCUAAAAUACAUAUUCCAUUGAAAUAGCUGCUUUCGGUUGGAAGGGCCUGUCAAGUUCCACGGGGACGGGCAUCUUGGCUUGGAAUUACCUGGGCUGGCAAGAUGAUGAAGCUCCAGUGUCUUCUACAGACUGCUGGGGUCUCCUCAAAGGCUGUGGAUGGGUUGAGGAGGUAAGAUGCAAGGGGCGAGCUCCUCAGAGCUUUCCCCAAAGUAUCUCUCACAGGCGUACGUUGAGCCCCACUAAUUUUAAGAUUCCUUGGGGGCCAAUUUCCUACACCACCUUAGUCGCUGGUACUUGUUUGGCUGGCAGCCACGUUAAAGAGGCCUGCGACAUGAGCUGGGUGUUACCAGAGGGGCAUGAGAAGGAGCCAUCUUGGCAUGACUCCCACACGCUGCUGUGGUAAUCUUGGAAGGGAGAGGCCCUUCCUUCCAAAUAAGAACGGAGUGACAGCCGGUGUCCUUACUUAGACGUUCCUUUGGAAUCGGUGAGGCCUGCUUCCCGUCAACGUGUUUAGGAUUUGAGGUGUCGGUCAUUCGAGCCAGUCAAAGUACAUAAGAGGGGGAAACUCCUGUGCGCUUUUUGGUCCUGUGAGGUAACUGGAGGAUGUGUUGGCACUAGGCAGGCAGAACGGGCCCUUCCUGUGCUAAAGAGCCAGGCAGGAGGAGAAGCUAAGCACAGCGGCUUGAGGCAGCAGUUCCCACCCUGUCUAAAUAAGAAGUCUGUUCUGGGGCUUGUUUGUGUUGGAGGGGAGACACUGCUGCCUUUCUCCGGGCCUUGGCAGAUGGGGUCAUGCUUGAGGCUGGGAGGGGACCGUAAAGGAAGCUAGCCUGGCUGCUCUUGCCUGAGCACAGGAGAGGACAGCCUACAGGGCGGGUCAGCGGAAAGGUUUCAGAAGGAACAGCCUGGGUUCCACGUCCUUUGAGUGCGGCCCAUUUGCACCCAAGCUAAACACACAGUGCCUUGGAAGGCACCAUUGAGAAAACCUGGAAGCGCAGCAAGGUCACACGGGUGCAGGCAUGGAACCGAUGGGAUUUGCACGGGCUGGACGAGAGCUGGUCCAUCCGGGGCAGAUUUUAUUCCUAACAAUCUGUAAGGACCUGCCAGCUGAAUCUCAAUAAUUUCACUGCAAGAGUCCAAGACUUCAUGAGUUAAAGAUUUAUUGAAGAUCCCCAAAUGUUCUUUGUUAGGAAUAAAAUCUGAUUCUCAGUACCCAGCAUAUAUAGACAUUUAAGCACAGUCCUGUUCCCCCCUCCGAGUCCCCUCGUCUAUCUCCAGUGAAUACGGGAAGGAAUUUAGCUACGAUAGAUAACUACUGGAAUGCAAGGUUUUUUAUCUAUGGCAACAGCUCUUGUCUUGGUAAAAGAUCAACACUGCUCCUCUGCCUGCUUCCAGAGAAGAAACAGUGUCAGCUAACAGGAAUUUUUACACAGCAUGUCAAUGCAUAUCGAACCACAACAUGAAGUCUGAAGCGUGGCAGGGGCUGACUGUGAAGCUUGGCUUAUGGAAGAGGCCGUGACCCUGACACAGACUGUAGUGACUUGGGAUUCCUUAGAGUUGCUUAGGAAAGGCAACACUAGGAGGUGGCAGGUAGGUAGAAUGUAAAGUUGACCAGGCAGCCUCACAGACUCCUCUGCAGUCUGCCACCACCUCUUUGCGGCUUCGGGAAUGUGCGCUGCAGUCACCGAUAGGAAGCCGCCAUGUACUUUUUCAUGUAGCACCGAAGCACCACAUCUUACCGUGCAUCGGUAUCCUAUUAGUAGGUGGUACAAUUCCUGCUCCUGUAGACAGCUUUCAUUUUAGAAAACUGAAGUUCCCGGUUGUCACAGUUCAGGAAGUCACUGUACUUCAGCCGUACUGGGAGCCAUGACAGCUUGCUGUAAAGUUGCACAUAUCGGGGUUGUUUUGUUGUGAUUUGUGUGUUCUGCACUUUUAGAGUGAUUCCGCACACGUUGGACAAUGCACUUCCAAUCCUCUUUAUAGAUCAUUUGGAACGGAUUUUUGUGUGCGGAACAAAAAAUCUACCUCAAACGAUUGAUAAAGUGCAUUGAAAGUGCGUUAUCCACCAUGUGCAGAAUCAGCCCUACCUUUUCUGUGGAGGUUUCCCCGGAAAGAGCACUCCCACCACUCCAAGGGCAGUCCUUGGUCGUGUGCUACAGUACCAAACACUGGGUAUCUCUACAAUACAGAUCUAAAGCUGAUUUAAAAUCAGUUUCAAUGUCCUGGCUUCCUUCCCCCUCAAAGAACUGCGGGGACUGUAGUUUAGUGAAGGUACUGAGUAUUCCUCGUGAAGAUAGUGCGACAGAUUUAAACUGAGGCUGAUUUGAAAUGAACAUAAUUCAUCUACUCAAAUAAUUCACGGCACUUUCACUGCUGUAUAUUCACUCUCAGCUUCAUCACAAAACUACAGUUCCCAGAGUUCACGGGUUUGAAGCGAUGGCAGUUAAUCCAACUUUGAAACUCUGUGCUGUGGAUGUGUCUAAAGGCCAGACUACAAGUGAUGAAUGACACAGGUUGGACACUUGUCAGCUUCCCUCAAGUUUUGGCGGGAAAUGUAGGCAGCUUGGCAGAAUGUUGGACAAGUGACAGUUGAAAAGUCAGUUGGACAGUAGUCGGAGAGCCAAGCUGCAAGACCAGGACGCCUACCUUUCCCAUCAAAACUUGAGGGAAGCUGACAAGUGUCCAACCUGUGUCAGGCGUCACUUGUAGCUUGGCCCUAAGGGAUGGGGCAGGAAGCUUUCCUUCCCACCCCGCAAUACGCUGAGGUGCGUUUCCCCCAGCAAUGAAAGAUUCUUCCAUCAACACCCAGUGGUGCGUCUCUCGGUCCGUUUUCAUUGAGGAUAAGAACGUUCUCUGCACCCGAUCACAGAAGGUAACAUAGUGCCAAACGUUUGCUGUGAGUUAUUUUUUCAUAGGUAGCGUGGAAGGGGCGGGGGGAGGGAACAGGCUGUCCCUGAGCAACCAGACCUGUAGACAGAAAAGAUAUAUAUGUAAAUUGCAUUUGAGAUGCAGCAUUUUAAAAACUUUUUUUUAAAAAAAAUAGUUAACAGAAGUGCCAAAACGCAAUUUUCAAUUCUAGGUUUCAGGUUUACCGGAAUGCAUGAUGACAAUGAAAAGAGAGCAUGUUUCGAGUGGCGUAAAGAAGGGACAUGGUAGAGGAGGGAGAGGUUUCCGAAAGUGAUUUGAAAGGCACUUGACGGGAGAAAUGCCAUCCACCACGCCCUGUGACAGGUGGAAUCUGUGCAUUCCUGCGCAGAUGCCAUCGGUUGCAAAGCGGCUUUAAGCAGGAGGCCGGCUUGGCGAAUUGUUGUCUAGGAACUGGACAGAGACGUUGGGAAAAGGGCAUCUUCAGUGUUUUGGAGUCUACAAAACUGUGCAUUGUUGCUUGUGUGGGAAUCUUUGGGGGGGGGAGGAAGGAAGAUGUUCCUCAAAGUAUUUACAGAAUCAGAAACUUUUAUUUAUUCAUUUGCUGAAUAUAAAAAAAACAGAGGUUAUCUGAUUAUUAAGAUAUAUUAUUUUGGAUAUAUAUAUAUGACAUAUAACUCGCUCUGGCUGGUAACCAUGAUAAAAUCCCAAUAUUAACACCAAUGUAAUUCUUUUUCCCCCCUUGUAAUAAGAGUGCUUUUUUGCCCCACUGAUGGCCUCUAGGUACAUUAUCUUGUGUGUGUGUGUGUUGCUGUUUCUCGUAUAUUCAAAAGAGGGCUCCAGAUACAUUUUAAGAGGCUCGUCCAUAUUCCUGUAUCGACUGCAGGUAGAAAGAUUUUAAAGGGAGGGGGGGAAAUCUAAAAUAAAAAUAAAUCUAUUUAUUAAGGGGGGAAAGCCAUGGAAGUCAAAUGUUUAGUAUCUCUCACAGUGGCAGUGCCUUUAUUUUUUUUUAAACUACCCAUUUUAUCCCCAAUCACAACCAUUUUUUUAAUAAGUAAUUAUGAUAGCGUGGGGCAUCGCAGGUUACCUAGUAAUUUGUUUGGCUUUCUUUUUUCCCUCUACCUUGCUGUCAUUACAGGAGUGUGUCAGCUGGUGAUUUUGCCCUACCCUGCCGGAGGCCUUUUUUACUAUGCGAUUAUCAUGUAUGAGAUUUUUAUACUGGUGCUUGUUGUUUUUUUUUCUUUUUAGUUGUUUAUAAUGAUGGGGAAAUGCUAGUAGAGAUGUACACUGCACUGUGGUGGGGGAAAUGGCGGGGUGUUGUGGCUGAUGCUCUGUCCAGAAACUCAUUUGGGGACAGCGGUUGACAAGGGAGAGGAAAGAUUUUUGGAUAGCUUAUUUCCCGCACUGUGGUGCUGUACUGCAGCAAAAACGAAUCCAGAAUUUCCAAGCGCCUUUCGCUUUCUCUUUCUACUACAGGGGCCAAGUCAUGUGAGGCCAGCGGUCUAAGCACCAGGCCCUUUGGCCAUCUAUGGAAAAAGAAAGUCAUUGCCCACCGAAAGGGGGCCAGCCAUGAGCUGACAUGUGGCAACCGUUUCAGAAAACAGAUGUGUGGUUGCCCUUUUAAGCGCUCCCAAGUAGUCCUAUUUUUAGGAGGCUCGUUUGAAGGCACUUGCCUGUGGUGCGUCUCCUCAGGAUGCCAUUUGGAUUUUCCACCUCAGGCACCAAAAAUGUUUUAGGUUUGGUUCCAGAAAUCUGGUCUUCCAUUUUGGGAUAAGGCUGCCAGUCCCCCGCUGGGGGCGGAGAUUCCCCCACUUGCACCCUUCACCCCCUGCCCCCACUUACUUGGCCGGCGGGGGAGGCAUGGGUCUCCUGGGUGUGCUCCUGGGCACGUGGCGCGCUUCUGGGUGGCAGGGAGUGCUCCCGUGGGUCCAGUUUGGGCCCAGAUUAGGCCGCUCGAGCGCAAGGGAGUGUUCCCCCCCUCAGCAGUGGCCUGUUCCAGCCCUUUUUGGGCCCAAUCCGGGCCGUUUCAGCUCCAAUCAGGCCUGAAUCACCCCCCUGCAGAGCACAAGAGUGCUCCCAGCCUGCGCGAUGAUGCCAUUUCCUGGAAGUGACAUCAUUGUGCAGGCCCAGGAGCGAAGAAGAAGACCAGGUAGGUGCCAGGCCUCCAAUCUCCCACUGGGGAGGUCGGGGGACGCGGCAACCCUAUUUUGGGAUGCCCAUCCCACUGCUAUCAGCAUCUCCUUAUCUUUGUGUCCCUUCCCUGCCAACAGAAGGGCUUCUGCGCUCUCAGCGGAGCUCCACACAGGUUCAAGGCCCGUCCCUUGCUCACAUGGAGCUUCUUGUUUAUGACGGAGCCCUAGAGGGCUCUUGACUCGACAGAAGAGCCAGGAGAUUGCCUUACGUGUAGCAGACGGGGACCUGAACAAGUCUUUUAUGGCAGAUUUUGAUAUCUGAGUACUUUGCAAGCUGUUGGUGGUUACGAUGUAUGCAAGAAUCCACAGGGGAGAAAGUAAUCUUAAUUUCUUACUGAUGGAUAUUCUCUUGGGGAGAGGCUUGAAGCAGAAAAAGGGAGGGACUUCUUUAACUGCUUUCUUAUUGACGCUCAGUGCCAGCUUGUACCCGCUUCCUUUUACCCUUAUGUGCACCUGUUACCAAACAGGUAGCAGCGAUGCAUGUUCUACAGAUGUCCUCCAGUCCUGGCCAAGAAAGAAAGAAAAUACUGAUAUGGUGGACACAAACUUUUCUUUAGAGGCGCCAUUUGCUACCACUCUCGUGCAAAUGGAAUCUGUCGUCCCCAGAUCACAGAAGCCACCCCGCCCCCAACAAAGGAUGAACGGAGCAGUCUAGGGCCCUGCCCUGGGGCUCCAGAGGCCAAGUUUCAGCCAGGGCUAAAUGUUUAUCUUGUCAACUUUCUCUCUCCGUGAGUCCCGAAGGCUUGCCUAGAUGCUCCAACAGACAUAGAGCUGCUCCCCCGCCAUGUUUCCCCCCCCCCUUCCUUGUAACAUCCAGGUGAAUACAACGUUUGAUACGGCAUCAUUCUGUAGUACUCUUUUCCUGGCUCACAUCAGUGGUUGUGUGACUGGGCAGCCCAAGGAAAUUUAUUGUAUUUGUUUCAUGCUACUUGCGGGGGGACAGAACAACGUGGAGUAACACCACCUCCAUGUCUCUGUUGAUAUUCAGGAUAGCCCAACAGGCGCAGCUGCCUUCCCCCACCUCAGUCUUCCAGAUUUUCUGGACGUGGCUGAUUUCAUGACGUGAAAGGGUAGAUCUAGUAGAAAAGUAUAAUUUGCACACAGCUACGAUCACACUAAAGUUAAUUUUAUACAAGUCAUCGGUGUUUGCAAAACGAGUUUUAUUUUUUGUAUUCCUUUAAUCUUUACUUAAAAGGUGAAUGUGUAUUCCUCUGGGAGGAAUUGCAAGAAAAAAAAAACCAGGAAUGUUAAUAAAUGUUAAAAACAGAAUCCUUCCUCCCUUAUUAAUAUAUAACCCUUAUGUAUUUAUGCCUAUUGUAAGCAGAUGAGAAAAAAAAGAAAGCUUGGACUACCAUUCUUUUGCAUGCCAGAUAUAGGCAAAAAAUUAAAAUGCCUUCUAUUGUACGUGCAUGCAUUUAGCCUUGACCUUUGGGGGAGUUUUUGCUUUUAAUUUUUUUUCCAAGGGGUGUAUUUCCCCUGUAUAAAAUUAGUGCACAAAGAAAUAUUUUUGCCUAGUUAAUGUUGCCGAGCAAUGCAUAUUUUUUAAAAGAAAAUUUGUCAUAUAUGGAAAUAGCAUGUUUGUUUACAAGUAUCAGCUUCCUGGUUAUACAGAAGAAGAAGACGACGAUGAAAAGAGAAAAAGAGACACUAAUGUUUGGAGAUGCUGUUCUUUGCAACUGUACAGUUUUCAAUUUGUUGUUAUUACCGGUGAAACACCCUUGUGAUUUCAACUUGCUACAGUAUAUAUAUUUAUUAUUUGUUUUUCUCCCAUGUAACUAGGAAUCAUGCCUACAUUUCAUAUCGCCGUUAUAUUGAAAGUGAAGGGAGAUGAUUAAUACAAGAUUUUGUAACA